CCUGGUGUGACGUCACCGCUCCACAGUGCGCGCGCGGCUCCACCCGAGAGCGCGAGUUCCAGCGCAGGUUUCCAACAUGGCGGCCGCGUCCCCGCGCUGAAGUUUGUACAACAUUCUGUCUGAACAACUACAACAGCAAUAACAGCAAUAACAACAGCAAACCCGCGAUGUACCGAGUGCUGGACGCUGACUGCAGUGUCCGGGGCCCGGUUUAGAGCGUGUGUGAGUGAGUGAGUGGUGCGGGAGGAAGCCAUGGUCUCUCCUGAUCGCGCUGUGUUGUAAAGUUAGAAGUUUGUGUCGGCUGAGGCUAGCCCGCUAGCGGCUACAGGCGGCUCUGUUAGCUCUCCGCUCCACACUUUCACACACUGACCUCAAGUUUACAAGUUACGACGACCUGAGCUCGGAGAGAGGAGCGUGUGCUUUUAUUUCGGUCGUGUUUUCUCGGAUUGAGGGAAGAUGGCUCAGUCACCGGUAGCUGUUCAAGUUCCCGGAAUGCAGAACUCUCGAGCAGAUCCUGAGGAGCUCUUCACUAAACUGGAGCGCAUUGGGAAGGGAUCGUUCGGAGAGGUUUUCAAGGGCAUCGACCGCCGCACGCAGAAUGUGGUGGCCAUCAAGACGAUCGACUUGGAGGAGGCUGAGGACGAGAUCGAGGACAUCCAGCAGGAGAUCACCGUGCUGAGCCAGUGCGACAGUCCACACGUCACAAAGUACUACGGCUCAUACCUGAAGGGCAGUAAGCUUUGGAUCAUAAUGGAGUAUCUUGGAGGAGGAUCAGCUCUGGAUCUGUUGCGAGCCGGGCCUUUUGACGAGUACCAGAUAGCCACGAUGCUGAAGGAGAUUCUGAAAGGCCUGGACUACCUGCACUCGGAGAAAAAGAUCCACAGGGACAUCAAAGCCGCCAACGUGCUGUUGUCCGAGUCUGGCGAGGUGAAGCUGGCGGAUUUUGGCGUGGCGGGGCAGCUCACGGACACGCAGAUCAAAAGGGAGACGUUUGUGGGAACGCCUUUCUGGAUGGCUCCGGAGGUCAUUCAGCAAUCUGCUUAUGAUUCCAAGGCUGAUAUCUGGUCACUGGGCAUCACCGCCAUCGAGCUAGCCAAAGGAGAGCCGCCCAACUCAGACAUGCAUCCCAUGCGAGUUCUCUUUCACAUCCCAAAGAACACACCCCCGACCCUCAACGGUGACUUCUCCAAGUCCUUCAAGGAGUUUGUGGACUCGUGUCUGAACAAAGACCCUACGUUUAGACCAACUGCAAAAGAGCUACUGAAGCACAAGUUCAUUGUGAAGAACGCCAAGAAGACGUCCUACCUCACCGAGCUGAUCGACAGGCUGAAGCGCUGGAGAGCUGAGGGCCACAGUGACGGGGAAUCUGACUCAGACUCUGACUCAGAGCCGAGCACCAGAGACGGCGACUCGUCCCCUGAGUGGUCCUUCACCACGGUCCGCAAGAAACCUGACAAACAGUCCAACGGAAUGGUGUCUCUUGACGAAGCGGUACAGAAAAAGUCAGCCAGUCUGUCCACGGUUAUAAGUCCGGUGUUCGCUGAGCUGAAGCAGCAGCACAGGGACGGCGACGUGAGGAGGAGUGUGGUGGAAGAUCUGGAGAAGAGUCUGCACGCUGCUGAGGACGUCUGCCCUGGAAUCACAGACAAGAUGAUCAGCCACAUCCUGGAAAGGGUGCAGAGGUUCUCUGCGAGUUAGUUCAGUGCGGAAAAAAACACAAAUCUGACUAAGAAGCUGGACGACCAAACAGCUACAGGGCUUCUACAAUCUCAGCUCUUCCUGUUCACUGAACAUUAAUAUUCACACACACACACACACUCACACACACACACACACACACACACACUCUCUCUCUCUCUCUCUCUCUCACACACACACACACAUUCACACGCUCUCUCCACACACACACACACACACUCUCUCUCUCUCUCUCACACACACACACACAUUCACACGCUCUCUCCACACACAGGGACAGGAGGGACUCAGGUUGCACACACACUAUAUCAUAACCAAAAAAGGAAUUUCCCUUUUCACGAAAGACAUAAAUAUAUAUUUGUGUAAUUGUAUUUAUAUAAUUUUUUGCCAUGUGCUUUAGUUUUAGGUUUUAGCUGGUGCCCAAUGAUGUGUUACUGUUAUUUUAGAUUAUUAUUUUACAAUGACAGAUUGUGAGUCACAGAUAUGCUUAUAGGUUUUCUGCUGAGCAUUAGACUUGUCAGUUCGCGUAUAUAAAUUUAUAUAUUUGUUGACCCUUUGCGAUACUUUAUUUUAUGCUUCUAUCAGUAAUAUUUAUGUGUGCGAGGUUGAUUAUUAGAACUUUUUAUGCCUUAUUUUUAAAUGAGGGUAGAAUUUCUGUUAUACACUCUACAUACUGUUACGUGUAGCAUUACAACUGCUGUAUGGGAAAACCUUCAUAUCACGUUAAAGAAAACAUAGAAAUACCUCAGAUAAAGCAAUCCAUUGAAAGAACGCAAAAAAAACCAACCUAGAUUUUUAAUUUAUAUAUAUAUUGUGCUUUGUGCACGUGAAGUUAUGGGAGAGGAAUUUUGCUGUGCAAAAGAGGCUUCUGUUUCUGACACCUGAGAUCGACGAUUAUGUUUCAUAAAGACAAGUUUAUUUUCUAAUCUUAAAUUGGAAGUUUUUUCUUUAUAUCCCCCUCCUCUACUUCGGACAUGACCGGUGUCGAUAAAUAUUUUCUCCCUUCUUUGUUUAUGAUGUCAAUUUUUGGAAACAUCUUGCAAUUUGAGCAGUUUUUUUUUUUUUGAUGAGAGAGCUAUAGGAGAUAUACUGUACUUCUGAAGGAAAUGCACUGCACACACUUUGUAAUGGGUGGGGAAAUCUUACACACACACACACACACACACACACUCCUGGUCCCUUGACUAGAUCUGGAGGAGAGGGUGCACGUCUCUAGCCAGCGGAGGAAAAAAUCCUCCACUACAGUUUCAGCGCUGGAGAGAUUUGAGCUCCGUGUAAACAGCAGCGUAGGAACUUGUGCGAAAUACAAACUUCUGAAACUGGGAGCUUUUUGGGGGAUAGUCUUAAUAUUAUAGCCGUAAAAUUUAGAACGUUUCUGCCAAGCUUUCUAAAGUAAACAUAAGGGUGCCAUCACUGGUAUGGUGGUGAGGUGAUCAGUGCUUCUGUUGGCUUGGAGCAGUUUAACGCCAACAUUGUGCCUAAACUUUACUUCUCUAUGUAUAUGUCAUUAUUAUUCUCUCUUUAUAAAGCUUUAAAGGAUUUCACAUGAUGCCAGACUGAGGCUUAAAAGCAAUGAGGUGUUUGGUAGAUUUUUAUUAUUAUUAUUGUUAUUAUCAUUAUUAUUAUAUAUUUCUUUAUAGAUGGAAAUGUUGAUACCAGUCUAGGUUUUGUAAAUGUUCUCUUUUUUUGUAAAUGGUUUUUGAAACUGCUACACAGGUAUCUGUCACAGCUGUAUCAUAUAUAUGUAAAAUAUAUCUAUAGGCCUUUUUUGCUUUAACUGUUACAGACUGGUAAGGUUUGACAAAUAAAGAUGUAAAUUAUGACACUGCA